GCCAUCUCUUGCCCCCAGGAUGUUCUUACGGAAUCAACGUGCGACUUUUGGCAGACGGUAGCUUCUUGGCUGACACCGGCACAAUAUCAGCCACAUGCCGACGAUUCUUCCUUGACCUUUGAGCAAGAUCGCGAACUGUAAUACCCCUUCCCCUUUGAUCGAGACCUUUUGUUAACAGGGACGGACGGUCCGCCAGACUGAAUAAUUUCUUUCAUCAUAUCCAUCCAUCUAUGCCUCUUUUCCGCAAAGACAAGUUUUUUCGGCAAUUCGAAUCAGGAGCUGUCAACAAAGACCUCCUUCUCGUCAUCUUUGCGCUGACUGUCAAGGUACUUGGCCAACGCCAGCUCUGCGGUGGCUUACGCCUCGAGGAGCGCUUACGGCAUCUCCGGGAAAGGAAUGCUCUAGACUCGGGAACAUCAACAGUGCGGUGGUCUCUUGAUGAUUUUAGGCAGGCUUGCUUGCUCGCCUAUUAUGAGUUUCAUGAGCACCCGGGGGAGAAGGCGUGGUUGAGAAUUGGCCACCUCACACGCAAAGCUUACUACUGCGGCCUUCACCAGCUUGACAACCGCGACCGCUGUGAUGAACAUGAUGAUGAUGAUGACAAAGAUGAGUGGAGAUACGUCUGGUGGUGCAUCUUCUGUCUCGAUUCCUAUUCAAACAUCACAGCAUCGAGUCCUUUCGUCGUUCAUGUCGAAAGCAUCAGGACGUCUCUCAUUACCAAUUCAGGUCGAGAGAGGGGUCGCAAGCCCCCAAUAUUCCUCCCUAACCAACCAGAGUUGUUGUGGCAGACGGUCGGGGCGAUCGCAUCUCAUGGCCAUAAUGUAAACUUCAACCUCCACAUCGUAACGACCACGAUUCUGAGGGAAGCCACCACCCUCUACCGCCUAUUGUGGCAAAACCCCUGCGACCGCCUGCGGGACCGUCUAGCAAUGCUCGACAAUCAUCUCGCAGAGAUACGGUUGGCGUUACCACCCCGAUAUCUCAAUAUUGCACGCGAUGCCUUGCACGAAGAGUCUCACCGUGCAUACCAUACUCGAUUGAUUUGUGUUCUUCACUUGCAUAUCUCUCGUCUUAUUAUCUGCCUACCUCUGCACUCAGAAAAAUCCGAAGAAAAACAAAAGAUUAUGUGGCAUAAGACUUUGGAGCACUGCCAGGACAUAGUUGCGGUCGUCAGGCAGUGGGACAACCAGCAUUCGCCAAGCGUCGACCCAGCCGUUUGCUUCAUUAUUUACACAGCGCUGAUAGUCCUUCACCUCCACUAUACAAGUAUGAGCAGUCCAGCGCCGGACUUCUUAGUUAAAGUAAAAGCGCAAGAAAAUAUUCUUCGACUCUUCUUAGAGCAGUUCGCAACCUUCUGGUAUCUGCCAAGACUUCUCAUCAUAACCUUCGACAAGUUUGCUCUCAUUUCACACAAUACUUUCGGACUGAAAGACGCGAUGGCCGUACUAAAAUACUUUCAAGCCCCGUUACAUGGUGAUUGGCUGAACUUUAUCGACCCCGAGCACGGGUUUUUGAGCCUCUUCGAUGUAGAAGAGAUAGGGCAACCUUUCCUGGAACAGAAUUGGGAUUUCAAUAAUUGGCAAGCAACCUUAUAAGGCUCCUAAUCAAUCGUGUUGGGUGGCGCUGCUAUGUGCACGAUGCCGAAUGUUGUUUCAAGGCGUGCGUUAGAGAACUGAAGCUUGCUUCAUCAACAUAUAAUAAACUAUAAAACAUCAAGUUACUUUAAGAACCGAAUACAUAUGGCACAAUGUUUUAC